AAUCCAGAGGCUGGUUCAGGAUGAGGAGAAGUCUAAAGAGGAAUGCUCAAACUGUUCAGAAACCACUGUUAUACAGGACGGAGUCAGCAAGAAGGUGGAGUUUAUAGUCCACCCCUCUGUCUCUCCUAGUGAUGCUUUAGUGAAGUCGGCUAUAGAACAGGUCCGCUUCCGCAUCUCCAGCUCCUACCCUGCUGCACGUAAUGAAAUGCAGGAAGAGGAGAAGCGAAGGAGAGAGAGAGGAGCAGUGUGGGAAAUGAGGUCCCUGCUGAACCCCAGAAUAUGAGAACAGAGGACAAGAUGGGAGACCAAGACAAACAACUGAGGAACUUCAAAGAUAGGUAAACUUCUGUGUUACCCUGCUACCUGGAACUGACUGUUCAGUAGCUGAGAUGGUUGUUACCCUGCUACCUGGAACCUGACUGUUCAGUAGCUGAGAUGGUUGUUACCCUGCUACCUGGAACCUGACUGUUCAGUAGCUGAGAUGGUUGUUACCCUGCUACCUGGAACCUGACUGUUCAGUAGCUGAGAUGGUUGUUACCCUGCUACCUGGAACCUGACUGUUCAGUAGCUGAGAUGGUUGUUACCCUGCUACCUGGAACCUGACUGUUCAGUAGCUGAGAUGGUUGUUACCCUGCUACCUGGAACCUGACUGUUCAGUAGCUGAGAUGGUUGUUACCCUGC